AUGUCUGAAAUCAAAGGGUUCGAGACCAUGUUCCGCCUCGAUGGCAAAGUUGCUUUGAUCACCGGAGGCUCCAGAGGACUUGGGUUGCAUACGGCAACGGCCUUUCUUCUCGCAGGGGCUCGAAAAGUGAUAAUCACUGCGCGAAAAGCAGAGGGCCCGCAGGGAAUCAACCAGGCAGUCGAGAAGCUAAACAAACUCCCCGGAGUAGCUGGCCAAGCCGUUGGCAUCCCCGCAAACGUUGCGAAAGUCGAGGAGAUUGAACGUCUCGUCACCGAGGUGAAAAAGACCGAGCCGAAAAUUGAUAUUCUGGUCGCCAAUGCGGGAGCGACCUGGGGUGGCCCGUUUGAACCGACUCCCGAUUGGAGCACGCAAAAGAUUCUCGAUCUGAAUGUCCGCGGCGUGUUCAAUUUGGUUAGAUUGAUGACACCGCUGUUGGAAGCAGCAGGCAGUGCGGCCGACCCGUCGAGAGUCAUCGUGGUCAGUUCGAUUGCUGGGACGCGAGUAAGCCAUGUCGGUGACAACGGCACGAUCAUGUACUCAGCAUCCAAAGCUGCAGCGCAUCAUUUGGCCCGAAAUUUGGCGGUUGAGCUAGGUCCAAGAAAUAUCACCACGAACACGGUUGCGCCAGGAUUCUUUCCGUCCAAGCUGGCGAAUGGGUUGAUUGAGAAUCUAGGCGGGGAGAGAACGCUGUCUUUGGAGGUUCCUCGAGGACGGCUAGGGCAGCCAGAAGACAUUGCCGGGGUUAUGGUCUUCCUGUGUUCUCCCGCUGGGAAUUAUAUGUAA